AUAGUUGAGGGAAUGUAUUUUGAUGUUAUUUGGUGCUUGAUUAGUAUGAAUUUUGUCAUCGAAGCAGAGAGCCUCAAAGAGGAAUUCGUGCUCAUCCAAGCACUCGUCAAAGAGGCAGAAGCAAAGUUAGAAAGAGGAGACACUAGCAAUGUGGUGAAAGCAUGGCUGAACCUGAUGAGGGAGCUAGGCAACUGCAUUGAGGACGUUGUCGACGACUUUCUUCAGUAUGUUGAACAACAGCGGGGCCAAAAGGGAGCCAUGAAGACACUAAAGCUUCAUCAGAACAUGGCUUCCAAGAUUACAAAUAAUAUUAAAAGAAUUCACCAAAUGAAGAAUAGAGCUCAAACAUACGGCUUGCUGGCCUUGUCAUUACAAGGAUCAACACCUGGCAGAGAUAAUACUGUUGAAGAGGAUGAUGCCCUUCGCUUGAACUCACUUUGCAUCGAGAAGGAUGAACUCGUGGCCAUCGAUGCAACAUCGAAAGAACUUGUGGACAAGUUGGUUAAAGAAUCAUCAAAUAAGCGCAUGAUAAGAUAA